CCUGGUCCGACGCCGACCACUCAUCAGACGACAAGCCACCCUGGGCCUCAUGCAGCUAGCAGGAUGGGUUUCAUGAUGCACGCAAUCCGGCUAGAGCUUGGAUCUAGGAUAAGGUGCCGCGCGAGCGGGGAUGAAUCAAAGUCAUAAGGCAGCAUUUGCACUCUUAAAGCAAUAAGAUCCCGUGGAUCUCAGGGAAACCCCUUGAUCGUCUGUUCCGAUUUUUGUUCUCUUCAACUUUGCAUUAGGUAACAAUUUCGUGCGGUACUGCCAUUCGACAUGCUUGCGCUGACGCUGGUGCUUCGGCCCGCUGUUACGGCGCAACCGGAUGUUGCCCGACGUCAGGUCAUCAUUACACAAACGAUCACAUAUGCCCAGUCCACGUUGACAACAGUCGUAACACUCGGCAACGGCGACAAUGACGAUACCGCCACUGAUACCCCCCGUCCAUCCACCGGCGCAGGUUCUUCAUCUGGUGGUUUGACGCAACAGCAGAUCGGUAUAAUCCUAGGGUGCUGUCUCGGGGUUUUGGUCCUGAUAUUAGUCAUCUGGUUCUGUUGUGCGUUCGGCCGCCAUCGUGCCUACGCUACUUCCUCCACAUCCAGCAGCCACGAUAGUUUUAUGUCUUCGUACAUCUCAGAUGUUGACGGACCCCCGUUACCUCGACCAACUCGAUGGCCACAGUGGCAGAGCAUUCCCCCACCUGUCGUGCCAGACUAUAGGGCGAGACCCCUGAAUCCGAGAUGGAUGGCGAAUCAGCGAGCUAGCACAACACACGUACGACGAUGAUGCUCAUUUAUUCUGGAUCAUCAGUCCAAAGAGUUUGGCGGUCUGUCAUAA